AUGCAAUGCUUUUUUUUGAUUAAUGCCUCCUGUUCAAAGAUAAAUAAUUCAGAAGGUUCUGUAAUUGUUAACAAGAUCAUAUUUGAUCAUAAUCAUCCAGUAAAUCAUGAAUUAGUUGAGUUUGAAAAUGCAAAAAAAUUUACUAAUUCAAUGCUUGAGAAUGUAAAGUUUAUAACUGUGUUUUGUAAGUUUGGUGCAAUGCCUACUGCUAAAUCUUUAUUCAAUGAUGCUGCACAAAUAUCAAACUGGCUUGACCAACAAAAAGAAAAUAACUCACAUUGGAUUAUGAAGCCAGAGAAAGUUGAAAAUUGGAUUCACUAUUCAGAUUGUGUUCUCAAUAAUGUUACACAUAAAACCAAUCAUUAUAGCAUGGCAUUAUCUUUAAUUGUUGGAUUUAACAAUAAUCAUCAGAAUAUUUUGUUAGCACAAGCACUUCUUGCAGAUGAAAUUAAAGCUAUUAAUAUUCAACCAUUAGUUAUACUUAUUGACACUGAUCCUGCUAUUAAUACUGCCAUUUAUCAAGAUGAGAUUAAUCAAUUAGUGUAUUAUGUUGCUAAUAAAGUUAUCAGUGUGAAUAUAAAAAGUUUGGAUGAUGAGAAUUUGCAGUUUAGUUUACAAAAACAUAGUGCUAAUGAUUUGCAGACUACACUUAAACAAAUGAUUGAGCUUGUUAAAUCAGAUAAUAUUAAGAAAAUAUGGGCUAUUAAUAUUGGCAAUUUAUUAAAAACAAAGCACUAUAUUAUAUUAUUACACAAUAGUAAUGCAAAGUUUCAUAUUUGGCUACUACCUUCACAAUGGUUUUGUACAAAUGAAAUUAGAAUGAAAGAGCCAUUUUUGGCUACAGAUAAGUUUAGUGAAAAGAAAGUCACUUAUGGAAAGCUUCAUGGGAUUUACAAAAAAGCUCUUUGUAAGGCAUUGCAAAAGCAUACAAAAUCUCAACAGUUAAUUAGCUUACUUCAAGAUUUUGUUAAUAAGAGUGAUGAAUCAAAUUCAAAUAGUCAACAAGAUAAUGAUAGUGUUAAUGAUGAUUAUAGUAUUAAUAAUGUAGAUGAUAAAAAAGAAAAUAUUAUUCCUCUUAAAAAUCCAAAAAUGCAUCAUAACAAAGGCAGACCAACAGAAAUGUGGAAUGCUUGGCCAUUAUUAGAAAGCUUGCAAG